AUGCCUGCCAUGUUCCGCAUUCUGUCGCCUGCUGCUGACACCCGCCACGUUCUGCACACGACCCCUGGUGUCUUUGUAUUCAGCAUCACCUUAGGACCAAGAUACAUAUAUCUUCUUGUUCUGGAACCUCCUACUAAAUUGAAACCAGCAGAUGGCUUUAAUGUCUUACACAUGGGUAUUGAUCUUCAAAAAGUACCUAAAUACACACCUUCCUCUCAUUUAAGAAAGCAUGAGCACUCUAAAAAGAUUCUUCUUGCCAUAGUUGCCUCAAGGUGUUUUGAAGUCUUAUGCAUCUAUUGUCAGUCAGGCCACAUUGAAGAGCCUUAUGUCAGCAUCACCAAGAAGCGACAAAUGCCAAAAAAUGGCCUCUCAGAGGAGAUUGAGAAGGAAGUGGGCCAGGCAGAGGGCAAGAUGUUCACCCACCGAUCUGCAUUCAGCCGGGCAUCAGUGAUCCAGGCUUUCCUGGGCUCAGCCCCCCAGCUGACCCUGCAGCUAUAUAUAAGCACCUUGCAGCAGAACAUCACUGUCGGAAGAAGUGUCUGCAUGUUACUAUCCCUAUUGUCCAUUGUGUAUGGAGCCUUGCGCUGCAACAUCCUAGCCAUCAAGAUCAAGUAUGAUGAGUAUGAUGUAAAAGUGAAGCCUCUGGCCUAUGUCUGCAUCUUUCUCUGGAGGAGCUUUGAGAUUGCCACUCGAGUCAUUGUCCUGGUCCUCUUUACCUCUGUCCUGAAGGCCUGGGUGGUACUGGUAAUACUCAUCAACUUCUUCAGCUUCUUCUUAUACCCCUGGAUCCUCUUCUGGUGCAGUGGUUCCCCAUUUCCUGAGAACAUCGAGAAGGCCCUCAGUCGAGUGGGCACCACCAUCGUGCUGUGCUUCCUCACCUUACUUUAUGCCGGUAUCAACAUGUUUUGCUGGUCAGCUGUGCAGCUGAAAAUCAACAGCCCUGACCUUAUCAGCAAGUCUCAGAACUGGUAUCGGCUACUGGUGUACUACAUGCUGAGAUUCAUUGAGAACGCCUUCCUCCUCCUUAUGUGGUAUCUUUACAAGACUGACAUCUAUAUGUAUGUGUGUGCACCUCUGUUGAUUUUGAAGUUGCUCAUUGGGUAUUGCACAGCCAUUCUAUUCAUGCUGGUAUUCUAUCAGUUCUUCCACCCUUGCAAAAAGCUCUUUUCCUCCAGUGUUUCUGAAAGCUUUCAGCGGUGGCUAAAAUGUAUUUGCUGUCACUGCCAGUGGCAGAAAUCCUCAGAUUCUGUGGGAAAAACAGAUGUAAGGUCAUCCGGAGACAGAGAUGAAACACCUUCUAGUAGUAAAAUAAGUUCUAUGCCUAGCCAGAUCUUGAAUGCUGAUGAUCUCUGCUCUGCUUAAUAGGACCUGAGUCUCUUGGGCCAAAGACAUAUUGUUUUUUGGGUUGAUUACUGUUCUUCAUACAAGUGAUGAGCCCCACACAGUAAACAAAGCAGGAAGUUAGCUCUCACCUCCUUGUGAGUUGCUCCCAUUUAGAGAACACUUGGGUGUGUGAGAACUAUGGAGAGAAGCCAGGGAAACUUCUGAGGGUUAGAGGAGCAGUCUAAGGCACCACCAUUCACAGUCGACCAUGUUCACCCAGGCAUUACUGUGUAUGUGUGUGGGUGUGGGUGUGUGUUUUUCACUGACAAAGUACUCAUGAUAUCUGAGUUGAGCUGGUUAGAUUUAUCAGGUAUAAUGAGGACAGGGGCUUUCUUAUUUUCUAGUUUUCUAGACUUCUAGUCUGUGUAGCCUAAUGUUUUAUUAUCCCUGAGCAUAGUUUUCAUCCAAGAGCUGGCUUGAUGAUCAGAUAAAGUGACUGUGUUUUGCCAUUGGCAACAUCAUUACUGUCAGAGUUUUCAGAGAGGGCUGUUCAAGUUUCAUUUUUGAAUAGACAGGUGUUUCAUUUUCAUUUCAUUAGGGCUCUUUUUAUAUAACCAACUGUAGCCACCUUGGUCUGCUAUCUCUAAUUGAUUUAAAAGUCUAGAUUUGGAGACUUUAUACCCAAAGAUCCAUGGAUACAACAUUGAAUUCUAAAUUUCAUUAUGGAAGCCCUAGAAUUUUAGGAAAGUUAUGUGUUCCUUCAAUAUGUUGACGUUCUGGAACAAGAGGGUUGUUAAAACAUCAAAAUUAUGUAGGCUUUUGUAAGCAGAAUUCUUAACUUCUUGGGAAGGUUGAAGAUGUGAAUCAGCAAGAAGGUAGGCUUAAACCUCUUCAAGGUUUAGUCCUGUCCUACAAUUCUGGGGAAUUUCUAGUAGAAUUUGCUAGGAUUUUCCUUCUUAAAAAAGAAGAAAAUAAAACUCAUAGUCUUUACUCCGCUUCUUCCUUGCCUGUUUGGAAAGUUGAAGACAAGAUGUACUUUGGUUAGGUUAAAAAAAAAAGUUAUUUUGGUUAAGUUUUUCUAGAAAACUCUACAGAAAUCUUUCAUCUACGCAGGUAUAUAGGACAUUUCAUUUUUUAUUAGUUGAAGGAAAAAGGUUUGCUUUUCUCCCCCCAAGUUAGAUGUUGACUUCAGAAACUUAAAUUAUAGAAAGUGAUGAAAUGACCAGAAGAUAUUUGUCUUUAACUGAAUGCAUUUUGAUUUGGUGUUAUUAUUAUUUAAUUUGUACAAGAUCUCCAAUUUUAUCCUUCUAUACCAGGGGUGGGCAAACUUUUUGAAUCGAGGGCCACAAUGGAUUCUUAAACUGGACCU